GUUCGCUAUCAGCUGCGGAGUGCGGUUUGUACACAAUCAUAACCUCUUGUUUAUUUAGUAAAUCACAGUAGCUGUUAUGGUUAGAUAACAACUGAUAACAUUAUCAAUCACAUUUAUAUAAAUGGACGGUUGUAAAAUUAAGCUUUUAAUUGCCGAAUUAUUAAAAUGAAGUUCUGUGCCAAUCUUUCUUUUAUGUUUACGGAGGGUUCUACAAUAAUAGAAAGAUAUGGUCUGGCGAAGGAAGCUGGUUUUAGGGCUGUUGAAACUGGUUUUCCAUUGGGAUUUACAAUAGAAGAGGUAAAAAGAGCUCAAGAAAACGCAAAUAUCGAACAAGUUCUCAUUAACAUUAAGACAGGAGAUGUAAGCAAAGGUGAACUUGGCGUAACAGCUAUUCCAGGAAAAGAAAAGCAAUUUAAAGAAAACCUAAAAGAAACAAUUAACUAUGCUACUGCACUUGGUGCUUCAAAAAUACACAUAAUGGCUGGAAAGUUAAAUACUGUAACUGAGGUUAAUUGGGUAGUAUAUGAGAACAAUUUAAGGUAUGCUGCAGAAGAACUGAGGGAAUGCAACAAGCUAGGGGUGAUUGAGCCAAUCAAUCAGCACUCUGUACCUUAUUAUUUCCUUAGUGACUUUAAACGAGCUGUUGAUAUCAUAAAAAGGAUUGGAAGUGAGCAUUUGAAAUUGCAGUUGGAUAUAUUCCAUUUGCAACACAUUUGUGGUGAUUUGUCAUAUAAUAUAAAGAAUCUCAUGCCAUAUGUUGGACAUGUGCAGAUAGCACAAGUGCCAAGUCGAAAUGAACCAGAUACACCAGGAGAAAUCAACUAUGAGUACAUUUUAAAGACUUUGGAGAGUAAUGGCUACACUGAUUGGAUUGGUUUAGAAUACAAGCCAGCUGGUAACACAAACGAGGGUUUAAAAUGGAUAAACAAAUAUGGUUAUAGCCUAUAGUGUUAUAUUUUGUACUGUUGAAUAAAAUCAUUUGUUAUUA